GAGUUGCGUUUAGGAAACGGAACAGCGCGGUUAGCUUAGAGGAGAGAAACAAAGCAAAUGUUCGAUCCGAUGCAGAUACCAACGUUGGUAUCGAUACUGUCGAAAUCUGCAUCGAUCCGCCCCCGCGUCCUGCAUCGUAUGUGAGAAGAGCGUUAACCACGUGGGUCUGUGCUCCUGAUCUCUUUGUGUGUUUGGGAAGAGUUCCGGCUUUAUUCCGGAGUGUCUCUCGGGUUCAGCUAAAGCUGAUUAGCAGGAGAGUCUGACGGAGCAGCAGAAGAACAUUUUCAUCCAUUUGGAUUCAGCUCAGCCACUACAGAGGAAACAAUGAGUUCAACACAAAAGGACCAACAUGGACCGAGGAGUCAGAGCCCUCAGAAGGCCAACAGACCUCACAGAAGAGGAGAAGAAAAUAAAUACAGCUGUGAUAAAUGUGGGAACGCUUUUACAAGGAAGGAGUCACUAAAAAAACAUCAAUUAAUCCACACUGGAGAGAAACCGUUUACCUGUGACUUAUGUGGAAAGUCUUUUACCCGGGCAGGAACCUUAAAAGCACACCAACUCUUCCACAGUGGAGUUAAACCGCACAGCUGUGAUCAGUGUGGUAAAGCGUUCACUCGCACUAACGACUUACGAAGGCAUCAAGAUACCCACUCUGUAAUUAAGGCAUACAGCUGUGACUUUUGUGGAAAAUCUUUCAGCCAGCUAGGGAACAGAAAUACACACCUACGCAUUCACACCAGACAGGAUGUGUACUGCUGUGAACAGUGUGGCAAACUGUUUGCAACAGGCUCACAAUUACAUUACCACAAAUUUACCCACACUGAGGAGAGACCUUAUAAAUGUGACCUGUGUGAUAAGACUUAUAAAUAUCCAAAGUCUCUGAAAGAACACCAGCAGUUCCACACCAGCAAGCAACUCUACAAGUGCAGUUACUGUGAGAAGCAGAGCAACACAGAUGGAUCCGGUUCUCAACCCUGUCAUCGCUGUGGUGGUGGGAAAAUGUUUCACUGUGACCUUUGUGGAAAAACUUUCAGUCAUCAAUGGAGCCUAAAAACACAUCAGCGUAGACACACGGGACACAAACUGAACCACUGCAAUGAAUGUGGGAGAAGCUUCCCCACAGCAACUGAAUUAAAACUCCCCAAACUCUUCCACAGUGGGGUUAAAAAGCACCUCUGUGACCAGUGUGGGUCAUCCUUCACCACUGCAGGUGACCUUAGGGUACAUAAACGAGUCCACACAGGGGAGAAACCAUACAAGUGCAGACACUGUGAGAAGAGCUUUUCACAAUCAGGUCAUCGUAACGAUCACGAACGCACACACAUUAAAGGGAACUACAGCUGCGACCAGUGUGACAAGAGCUUCAGGAAUCUCAGUUCAUAUUCCAAUCACAAACGUUCCCACGCUGCAAAGAAACUGUUUCACUGUCACCAAUGUGCAAAAACAUUUACUUCAUUAUCUGCUCUGUCCAAACAUCAGUGUUAUCAUGCAGGGCUGUUAUUAGGCUAUGAGACAGUCACAAGUGAACUCACUGAGUAACCUUUAAUGUUUAAGUGCAUGCAGUGUGAAGUUUCAGAGCUGGUUAAAAAUACUCUGAGAGCUCUGAGAGCACACUCAACACUACUAUCAAUGAAUUAAUGGGUAUGUUUAGGCCUACUUUACUGCUCUAUGUGACUGUUAUGAUCAGUUCACCAGAAAAACGAUUUCAUGCAGCAAUAUUCUCAUCUGAUUUGCAGCAUCAGGGAUUUUAAUGUUAUAUUUUACAGAUCUCUGUCACAGUUCCUUUGAUAAUCUCUGAUUGGAGUAGGUGGCAUUAACUUGAUCCAUUUUUCUGCACAAGAAAAAUCAAAUGAUGUGAAACACUUUAUGUUUCCCCUGAUAUAACCUAUAUGACUAUGAUCUAUGAUUAUCUAGCAUGUGCAAAGAUAAUCGUAAGCUGUGUUCAAGGUCUUUAGGCACUUCGUGUGUCUGUGUUAUCAGGUGGAUGCCAAUGCCUGUGAGAAGAAAACUCCCCACAGCUGGAAUAGACAAAGACUGUGUCCACAUGAGUAUAAAUGAGGUGUGAUUUUUCUUUUUCUGUGUCAAUAGUGGUGCAAAGACUGGCCGUGCUGUAUCGAUCCUUUUGGUUUCUUUCAAUAAAUCUCAGAAAAUCUG